AUGAGUGGUAAAACAGCCUUAAUCACCGGAGCUGCCAGCGGUAUAGGCAAAGCAACCGCCCACAAGCUCCAUGACCAAGGCAUGACCCUCAUCCUAACAGACAUCAACACCACGGCCCUCGACAACCUCCAACAAGCCCUAGAACCAGACUCCCUUCAAACCACCACCACAGCCACAACAGCCUCCACAACAGCAACAAAACACAUCUACCACCCCCUAGACGUCACCUCCAGCACAGCCUGCACCUCCCUCGCCCAAACAAUCUCCUCAUACUCAAUCCCACCCCUAACCUACCUCUUCAACUGCGCCGGCAUAAACCCCACUCCGAUCCCCAUCACAGAAACAACAGACGACUACUUCACAAAACUAGUAGACACCAACCUCCGCGGAACAUACAACGUCACAAGAGCAUGCAUUCCCCUCCUCCAGGAGAGUUUCUCCUCCUCCUCCCCCUCCAUCGUCAACGUCUCCUCCAUCUGCGGCACGCAAGGCGCCCCAAACUUCUCCGUCUACUGCGCCACCAAGUUCGCCAUCGUCGGUCUCACAAAGGCACUCGCGCUGGAAUUGGGCCCUAAAGGCAUUAGGGUCAAUGCUGUAGCGCCGGGGUCAACAGAUACGCCGACUAACGCGGCGAAGGUGGCUGGGGGAGAGGCGCUUGAGCGUGCGAGGGGCCGUAUUGCGCUGGGGAGGAUUGGGAGGCCGGAGGAGGUUGCUGAUGUGGUGGCGUUUUUGUUUUCGGAGGGGAGUAGUUUUGUGAAUGGGUGUGUUUUGGAGGUUAAUGGGGGGGUGAGGUGA